AGAAAUACUACAGCUGUGUAAUAUAUAAAAAGGGAAAAGGGUCGAUGUUGAAGCUGUAUAUCUGGGAUUAGCUCCUAAAUAUCAUGACCAUGGGGAGGAUCAUCUUCUACGAGGACAGGAACUUCCAGGGUCGCUCCUAUGAGACCAGCAGUGACUGCCCCGAGCUCACAUCCUACCUGAGUAGGUGUAACUCAUGCAGGGUGGAAAGUGGCCUCUUCAUGGUCUACGAGAAACCCAACUUCAUGGGCCACCAGAUGCUGGUGAGGAGGGGCGAGUACCCUGACAACCAGCAAUUGAUGGGCAUGAGUAUGAGCGACUGCAUCCGGUCAAGCCGUAUGAUCCCCACGCACCGUGGGCCAUUCAGGAUGAGGAUCUAUGAACGAGAGAACUUUGGAGGCCAGAUGCACGAGCUCGUGGACGACUGCGACAGUGUGAAGGAUCGUCUCAGCAUGUCGGAUUGUCAGUCCUGUAAUGUGAUGGACGGACACUGGCUUAUGUUUGAGCAGCCCAGCUUCAGAGGCCAGAUGAUGUACGUGAGGCCCGGAGAGUACAGGAACCUGCGCGACAUGAGCAUGGAUAACAUGUCCAACAUCAGCUCCAUCAGGCGCAUCAUGGACAUGUGCUGAUGGCAGUUCUUUAUGUCAUGAACAUCUUUGGAACAGAAAAUAAAAAAAAAAUGCAUUUUGAAA